AUGGCAGCAGCAGCAGAAGAUGCGGUACGGGAAGUUUGUUCCAUUGCCAAAAAGGACUCAUGCCUCCAUACGCACGAGGCCAAAAACGGCAGUGGCAUCCGAGCAUUUGCUGCCGAGCUGAGGCUUCCUGAGGCUUUGUUGCUUCUGGUGCUACUGCGGCCCACCUGUGAGGACGAUGCUGAGGAGCGUCAGUGUGAAACAGAGCAGCAGCGGCGGCAGCAGCAGCAGUCGUGGACUUGGAAUGCAGACGAUCUUUUACAGGAAGAUGCCGAUACGAUUGUUUGCCGCCUGCUACUGCUGCUGCUGGGUCGGCUUCCAGAUGAUGACUCUCCUCUGCGGCUUGCUGCUGCCGUGCAACAGCUGCAUGCACAAGCACAACAGAGCCAGCAGCGAAAUCAGCAGCAGCAGCCAGACAAAGCAGCAGGGGUACUGCCACUGCUGCCGUGGUGGGUUGAGGCACAGCUGUCAAGGGACAGUAACGAGCAGCACCAAGUCGAGAAAGACGUGGAGCGGUCAUUCACUGCAUGGCGCCUCAUCAGUAGCAGCGGCAGCAGCAGUAACAGCAGUAGCGAGGAUAGCGCCCACAGCAGCGGCAGUUUUCUUAGCGUGUCUGAUGAGCCACUAGAGUCCUCAAACAGCAUCAGAAGUUGCAGCAGCAUUCCUAAAAGCACAGAUUCCUCCAGCAGCAACGGAGAGAGGGUCACACAAGCUCCUGCAGGCUCCUCCAGCAGAAUGUUGAGGUCCAACAGGAAGAGUAAAAGCAUCCUUAGCAAGAAGGGUCUUCAAUGCUUGCGGGGCAGCUUGCGACUUCUGCUGCUUGGUCUGCUCUCCCGCCACUUACCCACUCUUGCGUAUGCACAGGGCAUGCAUGAUAUUGUCGCUGCGCUACUUCUCACUGCUGUUGAUGCACUGCAGCAGUUGACCGCUGCAACUGAGGUAUACAAGCUUCUCGCAGGACGCGGGAUCUGUUGUGCGAGCCAGAAGGAUGCAGCAGCCAUAGACAGUUGCUACUGCUCCUGCACCGAAUGUUGCUCUCGUGCAAACAGCAGUGGCAACAGAAGAUGCGGGUCGUUGGCCGCUCUCCCGUGCGGCUCUCUGCUGCGCAGCUGCAUGCAUCUAUGUUGUUUUGUGGGGGCGGAGGAAAUUCUAUCUCCGUUUUCUGGGCUCUCCCUGGUGUGCUGCCACCUUGCGUUUAUCCUCUCUGAGAGGGUGUGCCUUUGCUGUGUUAGUGACUAUCUCGCUGCUCCCUUUGAAGCUUCGCUCAUGCCAGCAGUACGGCUGCUCUCGCUGCUGCUGCAGCAGCAAGACCCGCAGUUGUCAACCCUACUGCGCCUUUGUUCUGCUGCAGCUGCGAAUACACCCGGAGCGGAAGUACUUCCAUGCGUUUCGUGGCUUAUUACUUGGUUCACUCACUCCACGAACCCCUUCAAGCUUACUGCCAGACUCUUAGAUUCUCUGCUAUGUGGCCACCCUCUAAUGGUUUUGUACGUUGCUGCUGCCGCCGUUCGUUCCCAGCGCCGCCGUCUCUUUGCAGUCUUCCGAUCUGCUCUUGCUGACUGCAGAGCAGCGCAGCCGCUGUUCCAGCAGCAGCAGCAGCAACAGCAUUCUACGCUAAUAUGCGAGAAUGGGGAUGUGGCGGCGCUUUGUGAGAAGCUGCAACACAAGCCCGAGCUUAUUGACCAAUACAGAGAUCAGAUAGGAGAUGCUGUGUAUGGGGAAGUACACGCGGUGCUGCAGCGCGUACACUUGGGUAGACUAUCUCUUGAGCGCUUGCUGGUGCAGGCCCAUGAUGCUCUUCUGCACGAGGUGACACCCGAUCAGUUACUUGCUUACGCCGCGGCAGAUGGGGUGCAGCUGCUUCCUUUUUCACCACUGCAGAUGCCAGGUGCCCUCAUGCCUAAUGCUGCAGCCCCAGACAGCCGCGCAUCCCCGUGCUGCUGCUGUGCUCGAUUGUCAUAUAAGCCUGCCUUCUUUGACUUCGUAGGCCCCAGUAUGCCGCCAGUAGUAGCUUCUUACACUACCCUUGCUGUUGGUGCCGCUAACGAUGCAGCAGCUGCUGCAUCGGAGCCAACGGUCAAACAGGCACUCCAUGACACUGCAGCCUCGUGGGCUGCGGCUAUCGGCGGUGCAGUUACCGCGCCCAUCCGUGGGUCCUUGCCGUUUGCAGCAGAGGCCAUCACAGCAGCAUGUAACGAUCGAAGUCCUUGCUGUUGCUACUCUGCGGAACGCUCUUUGGUUGGAGCAGCAAUAACCCUGCAAAGCGAUUCCUGUCCGGCGCUGUACAAGCAUGUCCCCGUGCAGCCCGCGGGAAGCAAGGGUUGGAGGCAGCCACUGCCUUCUGUGUUUGUGCCUUUAGAACAGAUGGUGGCUGUACAAAAACGAGAAUUUGCCGCGUAUUUGCCUGUGCGGCUGCUUCAGAAUUUCGGGGAAACUGUGUUGCUGCAACGUAUAUGCAGGGCAGCGCUCGCCUUUGCAAGUCGCGCCACUGCUUGCCUUGCCUUAUGCACGGGAGCAGUGGCCUGUCUGGCUCUGCUGCUGCAGUGGCUAGCGGAGAGGGCCUUGCGUGAUUCUGGAAGCAAUUGA